GCUACCCUUAACGUUAUAGUCAGGUAUAACGAUGUAUUGUAAAAAAUUUCGACAAAUCAAGAUUUUUUAUUCAUCCUUUUUUUUAAAAAAAAAUUAAUUUAGCUCAAAUGAAGAAAAUCUUGAUGUAAAGACCUAUAAGAAAUCUUAUGAUGAUGUAUUAAGUGGUUUAUUUGAUAAGCAAUUUGGUAAGCUGGAUACUUUACGUGAGGAAAGAUUCCAAGAGUCUAUCAAUUAUAUGAAAUCAGUGACUUGUAAAUUGAUUGAUCAAAGAAGAAAUGAGUUAAAAACAAAUAAUGAAGGGGAAAACAAAGUGAAAGAUUUAUUUGAUAUUUUGGUAUCAGAAAACGAUCCCCAUACUGGAAAACCAUUUACUGAUGCAGCUAUUACACAUUACAUGUGCGGUUAUACAAUGGCCGGAUAUCAUACAACUGGUACUGCGAUUCCUUAUACUAUCUUUGCUAUAACGCAAAAUCAUGACGUUCAAGUAAAACUUCAAGAAGAAAUCGACAAAACUUUGGGAGGUCGUUUACCUACUUUUGAUGAUCUUUCCAAUAUGGAGUAUUUGACUCAAGUUGUUAAGGAAUCUUUAAGAGUAUAUGCUCCAGCAAGUUUUGUCGCUAGAUUAUUAAAAUCUGAAACCAUCCUUCCAGCAAUGGACGAAUCUAAAGAUCUUAGACUAAAAGCUAAUACAACGAUUCUUUAUCCAAUUCCCUUAUAUCAUGAAGAUCCUAAAUUUUUCACACAACCAGAAAAAUUUGACCCAACACGAUUCUCGCCUGAUAAAAUCAAAAAUAUCGAACCAAAUACUUAUUGUCCUUUUGGUUUUGGAUCAAGAAUAUGUCCGGCAGAAAGAUAUGCUUUGAUAGAUAUUAAAAUGGUUAUUUGUUUGAUUUUACAAAAAUUUAACGUGAAAUUGGCUAUGAAACUGGAGGACUUUGUUAUAGAAGAAAGAUUUGUCAAUAUGGCAAAGAAUGAUGUUUUAAUUAAACUAGAGCUUAGAUCUAAUUAAUUGGGAGCUUUGAAUAUGAUUCGAUCGAUUUUGCAUUGCCAAGAUUUAUCACAAUUUGUCAAUUUUCAAUUCGUCAAUUCAAUAUUUAAUUCAAUACCCAAUUCAUAUGACAAAGAUUUUUUUUGAUUGUUUUUAGUAAACAGCAGAAUUAAACCGUUAUUGAUUUAUUAAAAAGUA